AUGGCGGCACAUACAGACCGAGGAGUCCCUCUGAGCACUCUUUCCCCUAAAUAUCUCCACACCAACUCCACCAGCCACACAUGGCCCUUCAGUGCCAUCGCUGAACUUAUUGAUAAUGCAUAUGAUCCAGAUGUUAACGCCCAGCACUUCUGGAUUGAUAAAACUGUGGUCAAUAAGCAGGAUUGCCUGAGCUUUAUGGACGAUGGCAAUGGACUGGACUACCAUACUAUGCACAAGAUGUUAAGCUUCGGCUAUAGUGACAAAGUUGCUCUUAAGGGCGUCCAACCAAUUGGCAUCUAUGGAAAUGGAUUCAAGUCUGGCUCUAUGCGGCUCGGGAAAGAUGCAAUUGUGUUCUCCAAAUCCGAAACUACAAUGUGUAUUGGAAUGCUCUCACAGACUUACCUUCAGGAGAUUGGUGCUGAACAGAUCCGUGUGCCUAUUGUGUGCUUUGAGCAGAGUGGGAAAAACAUCUUUGUAAAGGAGGAGCACAAAGCCAGCCUCCAGGACAUACUCUGCUAUUCUCCCUUUAGAACGCAAUCUGACCUGCUCACUGAGAUAAAUGCCAUAGGUCCUUCAUGGUCGAGCACGAAAACAGGGACGCGGAUCAUAAUAUGGAAUCUCCGCAGAACUUCACAAGGUGGACUGGAGAUUGAUUUUAAUUAUGACCGUUAUGAUGUACGAAUGCCAUCGGAUGUCUACUUGGAAAUGAGUGACAUUUCGCACAUCCCUGAAAGUCUCUACUCACUUCGGGCCUACUGCAGUAUUCUCUACCUGAAGCCUCGAAUGCAGCUCAUGAUACGUGGUAAAAAAGUGAAGUCUCAGCUCAUUGCAAAAAGCCUUGCCCACAGUAGAAAGGACCACUACAAGCCAAGUUUCUAUAACAAACGAAUUCCAAUUACUUUUGGGUACAACACAAAAAGUAAGGAUCAAUAUGGCAUGAUGAUGUACCAUAAAAAUCGACUAAUUAAAGCGUAUGAACGUGUGGGGUGCCAACUCAAGGCAGACAAAAAAGGGGUCGGUGUCAUUGGCGUCAUAGAGUGCAACUUUCUAGAUCCCACUCACAACAAACAAAGCUUUGAGGAAAACGAUAAAUACAGGAAAACUAUGACCAGUUUGGGAAUCAAACUUGAGGAAUACUGGAAGGAAAUCCGAUUCAGGAGAUCCAAAGAAGAUCCCUCAGGCAUACCAAUAGAAGAUACAAUUAAAAAACCAGACCAAAACUGGGCACAAUGUGACGACUGUUCUCGAUGGCGGAAACUUCCGGAUGGGAUUGACUGCACAAAGCUGCCCGACAAAUGGUUUUGCUAUUUGAAUCCAGAUCCGCAGUUCCGGAGCUGUCAUGUUGAGGAGGAACCAGAGGACUCCGAUGAUGAAAAUAAGCCUUCAUACUGCAAGACUUACAAACAACAAGAAAGGGAGGACAAAAGAUUCGACGAAGGAGAGAAGGUAGAAGAAGCAUGUUCCUCAGAGGCAUCAUUAGAGAAAAGCAUAGACGAGAAAAGAGACCAGGAGCCUACUCCCUCAGAGCCGCCUUUGGAGAAGCUAUGCCCCGAUCCCUCAACACCACUCAGUACAAAUGUGCAGAGAGGCAACACAGAGGCAGAGAAAGAUCAGAAGCAAAGACAACGGCAACAAUUGGAGGCUCAUGUCAAACGAGAAACGGAGGCUAUUCUACGACAGCUGCAACAAACUAAUAAAUCUGCGUCUUCCACUCCAACCACACCAAAAAGCAGCGUGAACCCACAUGCAAUACAAGGCGGCUCUCCCCUCACGCCUUCCUCUAUCUCACAAGCUGCCUGCAGUCCGUCCACCAGCAAUGGUCUUCCGGUUAUUUCUAAUGUAUGCUCUCUGGCUGCGAUGUUAAAUGGGAAAAGGCAGCAGUCUUACUCUCCAAACUCUCCAAAUGUUCCACCCAAAAGACAACGGUUCAAAGCAUCAGAGCAGGUUUUAUCCUUGGAUGCCAGCCCUGCCAGCUCACCCUCAAUCCCCAUUGUUGACAACAGUGAUGAUGAAACGGAUGAUGAUAUUGUCAUUGUGGAGGGUGCCAGCACACCUAAACCUAAUAACAAGGACGUUGAUUUGGUCAAAGUAAAGACUGAGACUGAGAUGGAGUGUGAUGUGAAUCUGCUGCUGGAGUGCAGUGAUGAUGCUGCUGUAGACGAUGCUACAUGCAACACUCCAGCUGAUGAAGAAACUGCCACAGUGUCUAAUAUCACCACACAAACAGAAACCUUUAAAGUCAAAAAGGAGAAGACCAUUCAAAGGAGUACAGAACAAUCAGAAAAUAAUGAUGAAGACCCUCCAGCUUGUUCUAAGGACACUGUCUGUGAGAAAGAUAUGAAGGAGGAGCAGCUCAGUCAGCCUGUGCCCAAUGAAAUGACAGCUGAUCUUGACAUCAGAAAUGAUAAUAUUUGUCCUGCUGCAGCUGAUGAGGAUGAGGAGGAUAGGGAGUCUCCAUCACUGCUUCGUCCUCAUUUUACAGAAAAGCAGGAUGUACAAAACCAAAUGUUGUUGCUCAAACAGGAAAGAGACUCUUUAAAAGAACAGGUUCAGCAGCUUCAGUCCCAGCUGCAGGAGCUAAAAAGUCAAUUUAACAAGUCUCAUAUUAACAUUGAAUUAGAGAAAGAAGAGAUUAAAAAGGAGCGUGAUGAGCCAGAGUCACUGGACUACAAAACCUUGUUUGAGAAGGCCAAGACUAAAAUCAAUGAACUUUUAAAAGAUAAAGAGUCAUUACUGGCAGCUGUACCGGUCAAGCCAACUGAUGAGCAACGUGAGGAAAAGGCCAUUGAUGAGAUUGCUCUCCAAGUGGAUCAUCUAAUGCGGGAACUGGAUGAAUGCAAUAAGGAGAAGGAAAGACUGUCAACACAGCUGAAGUCGACAGAGGAAGAAUUUCAUCAGCACAAACAGACGUCCAAGAAACACCGUCGGAUCCCGGGCCUUCAUCCAGCAAUGAUGCUUUUCAGAAGUUGGUUGCUCUGCGACAGAAUAUUAGACGUCUUCUUGUCAACUAUGUUCCUUUCGAUAUGA